AUGGCCACAUGGCUUUGGCUAGAAGAGAAGGGUUAUCCCAACGUGGUUGUGAAGAUGGUGGAUUUAUCAUAUGCUUUGGUGAAUGCUGUAGCUGAUGAGGCUGUUUUAUGCCUGAAAUGUCUAGAAUCCAACUCCCUUCCUCUGUUGCUUAAUGGUGGAAUCCCUCUUAAUGCUAGAAUUAUGGAAAAGAACAUUUGUUUGGAAGUGUUUCACCAUAACAAAUUCUCUGCAAUAAGUGGGAUAAAGAAUUUUCUCACCACUGUUUGUGCUCGUAUUUUUACGGAUAUCUUGCAGCGUGUUUUAGCAACAACAUCAUCAGCACAAACAGCCCCUAAUCAGCCUCUCAUCAUUCCUGGUUUCCCGCAUCCAUUAUUUCCAAUUUACAUGUUUUUGCCGAGAUGUCGCCACUGGAUCAGGAAACAGAACUUGAGGAUCAUUGGUCAUGGUAGAAGUGAGUUCCAGUCUCUGAUCACCACCUAUAUAGAUUAUAAUGCUGUUGGAGGACUUCUGUAA